UGCUAGAAACUGACAGAAGUAGGUGUGCCUUUCGGUGAAGUUUAAAACCCAAGUAGGUCGCCUUUUACCGAAGAGAGAGCCUUUCUCUGAAAGACCGGGUAUGUCUACCAGAGUUGCACUUGUCACGGGCUCCAAUAAAGGCAUAGGCUUCGCGGUGGUGCGCGCCUUGUGCAAGCAGUUCGCGGGCGACGUGUACCUGAGCGCACGAGACGUGGGCAGGGGUGAGAAGGCGGUGGAGAGUCUGAAGGCGGAGGGUCUCGGUCCCCUCUUUCUGCGUCUGGACAUCACCGACCCUGUGAGCGUGCGGGCCGCGCGCGACUUCUUCACGGAGAAGUACGGUGGCGUAGAUGUGCUCGUCAACAAUGCUGGGAUCGCCUACAAAGUUGCUGACAAGACACCUUUUGGAACCCAGGCUGAAGUGACCCUCAAAACCAACUUCUUUGCCACCAGAGAUAUGUGCACUGUGUUCCUUCCCAUUAUUAAACCUGGAGGGCGGGUUGUGAAUGUAUCCAGCGUUAUGAGUUCCAUUGCCCUGAGUCGCUGCAGCCCAGAGCUCCAGGUACGCUUCCGCAGUGAUGACAUCACUGAAGAGGAGUUGGUGCAACUCAUGAAUCAGUUUAUUCAGGAUGCCCAGGCUGGGGUGCAUACCAAGAAGGGCUGGCCUGAAACAGCCUAUGGUGUGUCCAAAUUGGGCGUCACCGUGCUCUCCAGGAUCCAUGCAUGGCAACUGAGAAGGGAGAGGCCGGGAGACGGCAUUCUCCUCAAUGCCUGUUGUCCGGGCUGGGUAAGGACAGACAUGGCUGGGCCCAACGCAACCAAGUCUCCAGAUGAGGGUGCUAUCACGCCUGUCUACCUGGCCUUGCUGCCUGCUGGAACCAGUGAGCUACAUGGCCAGUUUGUGUCUGAGAAACAGGUACAGGUGUGGUAGUAACUCUUUUUCCUGACCUCAACAAGGUUGUUAAACUGACCUCACCAGAUUAGUGCAGUGCUACAUAUUUACAUAUUUUUGAUCAGAACUUUCAGGUGCAUGUUCAGGAGUUAUUUCCUAUCUCAAAAGGUACUUAUAAAAAAAAAAAGUGGAAAAUUUUGCCUGUCUGAAACUGACUACCAGUGAUAUUUAGAAAUGCAUUCUGUUAAAUAGUUCACACAAGGAGAAGGCAGCCAGAAUCCCAGAAUUUACAUUGUCGUCUUAUAUGUCUGCAGGCAGUUUUUGAUAUGUUAUGAUGGUUGCUGGUGGGUUCUGCAGCAGUACUAUUUAGCUUGGCAUUUAAUCUUAGUUGUAAGGGUGGAUAAAACUGUAAGUUGAUUUAAGCAUUUUGUGAGCAGCAUACCGCAGUAAGAUGUGGAGCAUGCUGGGUGCUUGAUGGUGACAUGAAUCCGGGGUUGCCACAGCAGGAUUCCAAAAGGAUGAAUAUGCAUGAUAUGAGAAUAUAACAAAUUGUGUAGUGUGUGUAGUAAUAGGAUAAACAAACAUAAACAGACAAGAAUGAGGAAGAAUGGGUUACCUGUAUGGCAUGCAGAAAAAUAAAAACAUGAAAUUCUCAGAGCAUAUGUAACAUAUCUAAUAGUGUUAGUGAGCAAACAAAUGCUUGAUGUUUAUUUUGAAACAAUCACACUCCUUUUGGCUCCCAUUUGAGCACUUGAAUGACUGAAAGCAAAGAUGGGAUGAGAUGUUACUUGUGUGUGUGACCUAUGUAAUCAGUGCCUUUUGCAUUUUUCUGGUUAAUGAUCCAUCAUGUUUUACCCUAAAAAUAAAAAUUUCUCU